UUAGGUCAAGCCUGUGUGAGCCAGGAAAGGGUUGUGUUUAUGGGAGGCUCCAAAUACUGGGGAUGACUGUCCCUUCCCUGGUGCUGUCUGCAUUUUAGCACGGACAUAAUGAGGUGGAGGUGGAGGUGGAGCCCAGCCUCCGAGGUCCUGAAAUAGUCACGAUGGGGGAGAACGACCCGCCUGCAGCUGAAGCCCCCUUCUCCUUCAGAUCGCUUUUCGGCCUUGACGAUUUGAAAAUAAGUCCUGUUGCACCAGAUGCCGAUGCAGUGGCUGCCCAGAUCCUGUCUCUGCUGCCAUUGAAGUUCUUUCCCAUCAUCGUCAUUGGGAUAAUUGCGUUGAUAUUAGCGCUGGCCAUCGGUUUGGGCAUCCACUUUGACUGCUCUGGGAAGUACAAGUGCCGGUCGACUUUUAAGUGUAUUGAGCUGACGGCUCGAUGUGACGGGGUGUCAGACUGCAGAGACGGGGAGGAUGAAUACCGAUGUGUCCGUGUGAGUGGUCGGAACGCCGUGCUCCAGGUGUUCACGGCUGCCACCUGGAGGACCGUGUGCGCCGAGGACUGGAAGAGUCAUCAUGCAACUGUCGCCUGCGCCCAGCUGGGGUUUCCAAGCUACGUGAGUUCAGACACCCUCAGAGUGGACUUGCUCGAAGAGCAGUUUCGAGAGGACUUCGUGUCCAUCAAUCACCUCUUGCCAGAUGACAAAGUGACCGCUUUACACCACUCGGUGUACGUGAGGGAGGAAUGUACCUCGGGCCACGUGAUUACCUUGAAGUGCUCAGCCUGCGGUCUGAGGACUGGCUCCAGCCCCCGCAUCGUGGGUGGAAACACAUCUUCGCUGGCACAGUGGCCCUGGCAGGCCAGCCUGCAGUUCCAGGGCUACCACUUGUGUGGAGGGUCCGUCAUUACCCCGCUGUGGGUUGUCACUGCUGCCCACUGUGUUUAUGAUCUCUACCUCCCCAAGUCCUGGACCAUCCAGGUGGGCCUUGUUUCCCUGCUAGACAGUCCAGCCCCCUCCCAUCUGGUGGAAAAAAUCAUCUAUCACAGCAAGUACAAGCCAAAGAGACUGGGCAAUGACAUCGCCCUCAUGAAGCUGGCCGGGCCUGUCACUUUCAAUGAGAUGACCCAACCAGUCUGUUUGCCUAACUCCGAAGAGAACUUUCCUGAUGGAAAAUUGUGCUGGACAUCAGGCUGGGGGGCCACAGAGGAUGGAGGUGACGCCUCCCCGGUCCUCAACCACGCAGCCGUGCCUCUCAUCUCCAACAAGGUCUGCAACCACAGGGAUGUGUACGGUGGCAUCAUCUCCCCAUCCAUGCUCUGCGCUGGCUACUUGAAAGGCGGUGUGGACAGCUGCCAGGGUGACAGCGGGGGUCCCCUGGUGUGUCAGGAGCGGAGGGUGUGGAAGCUGGUGGGAACCACCAGCUUUGGCAUAGGCUGUGCCGAGGUGAACAAGCCUGGAGUCUAUACGCGCAUCACUUCCUUCCUGGACUGGAUUCACGAGCAGAUGGAGAGGGACCUGAAAACUUGACAGGUGAGAGGCAAGUGACCACCAUGAGUUCCUGCCAAGAUGGAGACAUUCCCAUCCUUCCAUGGAUUCUAACAGCAGAGCCAAAUGAAGGAGCAUCUUCUCAUCCCUCCACAUCUAGAACAAUUUUCUUCUAUCAUCUCUGACAAGCCAGAGGGGCAUCAG